GGUGUUGUUUAAUUUAGUUUUCCGAACUAUAGCACUCUACUUGCGGUUUAGUGCACUUUUACAACACGUUUACUAGAAAAGGGGACUCUCAAAUAUAACGAUUACCUGCUAUUUAGGGACUGUCACCUCAUUUUAAUAUACAUCAUGCUAUCGUAUUAGCAACAUUAGUUAUCAAUCACUCAAUCGAUAUUACGUCAUAUUUAACAACUCAGAAUACUUGUCUAUUACUCUAAUUACCAUGUCUGGCAUUAACAAAAAGCUCAUUUUCAAUGCAUUUGCUAUGAAUACUCCGGUCCAUCUUAGUCCAGGUCAAUGGAAAGACCCUGAGGACACUUCAACAUCCUUCCAAGAUCUAGAGCAUUGGACUGAACUAGCAAAGGUCCUCGAAGAAGGCAAAUUUAACGCUCUUUUCAUCGCAGAUGUUCUUGGAGCGUACGAUGUUCACAAUGGUAACAAGGAUUCUGCUGUUAGGACUGGCGCCCAAUUCCCUAUACACUCACCUGAGCUGAUCGUACCUGCAAUGGCUGCCGUCACGAAAAACUUAGCCUUUGGUAUAACACAAUCUACAUCCUACGAGCAUCCCUUCAAUGUCGCUAGAAGAUUUUCCACACUCGAUCACUUGACGAAAGGUAGAGUUGCAAUCAACAUUGUCACUAGUUAUUUGGACUCAGCUGCUCGCAAUCAUGGUCUGCCGGAGCAGAUAGACCAUGAUGAGCGCUACAAGAGGGCUGACGAAUUUAUGGAUGUGCUAUACAAACUUUGGGAAUCGAGUUGGUCAGACAACGCCAAAACUCUCGACAAAGAGAAGGAUCAGUAUUACGAUCCUGCAUUAGUUCAUGAAAUCAAUCACGAAGGUGAAUACUUCAAGUGCGCUGGUCCACAUAUCACUGAACCAUCUAUUCAACGCACACCAUUGGUUUUCCAAGCUGGUUCAUCUGGUCCUGGUCAAGAAUUCGCUGCUAAGCAUUCAGAGGCUGUAUUUCUCUGGGGUAGUGAUGUAAAUCAUCUAGCAAAGAAGGUGAAGUCUUUGCGUGAUUUGUCUGAGAAGCUUGGUCGUGGUAGAGAUGGCAUCAAGGCGAUCGCAGGUGCAAAUGUGAUUGUUGCCGAAACAGACGAAUUAGCACAGAAGAAAUUUGAAGACUUACGCGCUAAUGCAACGAAAGAAGGUGCUCUCGUAUUGUUAGGCGGUUGGACAGGUAAUGACUUUGGAAAGUUCACUGAGGAUGAUGAACUCAGACUUGUGCAAUCAAACGCAAUCAAAUCUACUGUUGAGACUUACGCUCAGAGGCACAAUGACAAAGACUCCAAAUGGACAAAGUCUAAGUUGGCUACUCAUGCUAGCGUUGGUGGUGUACAUCCAAAUAUUGUCGGUUCACCAUCGACUGUUGCGGAUAUUAUCGAAGAAUGGAUCAAGGUUGGUGAUAUAGAUGGCUUCAAUUUCGGUUAUGCUACCAAACCUGGUACUUUUAUCGAUUUAGUCAAGUAUGUAUUUCCAGAGUUGAGAAGGAGGGGCUUACAUUGGGACGAUUAUCCUAGCUCAAAUGAUGGACGUGCUAAUCUUACGGCAAGAGAGAGCUACUUUGGUCCAGGGAACAAACGUUUACCGGAGAAUCACUAUGGCAAUAAGUUUAAAUAUGAAAAUGUUCAUUAAGGUUUCAGAUAUGGAUGAAAUGUAGAAAUUAUUAAAUCGAUAUGAAUUAG